GUUGGCAGUAAUUGAUUUGUAUUAGAAAAUUUUCGCAUUUUUUUUAUUGGCCGAUGAAUGAAUAUUAUUCCUCUUAACUUACUGAACCUACUACGUGUUUGAUAUAAUGCCUCAGAGAAGAAGAAAAACAUGGCGGCUUCAUCAGCAUGCAUGUGUAGUGGUGGUGGUGAAUUGCCUGAGCACUGAAUUAAAUCCGAAGAAAAUAAUUAAUUCUCCAGCUAUUAUUACGAAAUAUUUUCCUGCAUUAAAUUUGUAUUUGCUGUCAAUGUAAUAACCUUAAACAAAACUUAUAAUACCGGACCAGUCCUUCAAAUAUGAGGACAAUGGCUGCACUGUUAUCAGUACAAGCCCAUGUGUUCAACCCCAUGUCAUCAAUUCAUACCCACUCUUCUAAACCCUCUGCUCCAUCCCAUUCCUCUCUCUCCCAGAAUCCCGUUUCGGACAGGUCCCCAUUUUUCAGAGGUCAAUUUCACAGUAGACACUUUAUUAGAUUUGCUCAGACUCGUCGGCCCUCGAAGAAUCGUGCUGGGUUUGUUGUAUUUUCGCCGAGAUGCGUGAUGCCGCUAACCGAGGAGAAUGUCGAGAAGGUGUUGGAUUUAGUGAGGCCGGGUCUAAUGGCUGAUGGAGGGAAUGUUGUUCUUCACGAGAUCGAUGGUCUUGUCGUAAUACUUAAGCUCCAAGGUGCUUGUGGCUCGUGCCCGAGUUCUACCAUGACUCUCAAAAUGGGGAUCGAAACUCGUCUUCGCGAUAAAAUUCCCGAAAUUGAAUCGGUGGAACAAAUCCUCGACACCGAAACCGGCCUCGAAUUGAAUGAAGAGAACGUUGAGAAGAUUCUAUCGGAGAUUAGACCGUACCUUGCGGGGACAGGUGGCGGAGAACUGGAGCUGGUUAAAAUCGAAGACUAUGUCGUGAAAGUACGACUUAGUGGACCUGCGGCCGGAGUUAUGACGGUGCGCGUAGCUCUCACUCAAAAAUUGAGAGAGAAAAUACCAGUCAUUGCAGCUGUUCAAUUGAUUGAGUGAAGUCUUUUGUAUCAUAAUUAUAGUAAAUUCAACAUAUAUUUUUAUUUUUAUUUUUUUUGUUAAGAAACUUUGUAGAUGAGUUAAGUGAGAUCAACAGAAGGUAAUUUUUCCUGUAUUA